AACAGGAACAAUAAGCUAUGAUGCUUAUGGACAGAGGAUGCGGGUUAGAAAUGUUGGAAUUGUCGGCAAUCAGACCUCUACUCUCGAUCAGCUUAUGCUUUUCAGCCAGAAAGUCUAUUAUGAAAUCGACUGGAGCAAGCUGUCCUGCAAGAAGUUGCCUCUGGAUGCCUCCUUCAUUCCCAUGCAAGUGCCCUCUGAUGCUACACUAGUAGGUCAGGCAAUUGUGGGGUCCUCAUCUGCUUGGGGGAUGGGAAUACUGACCAACACCUGGAGUGGAAAGCUUUCAGAGAACAGUUUUUACACGUCUCUCUUUACUGAGAUCGGUUGUAUCCCCGUGACCUUCACUGGAUAUACUCCACAGUCUGGACAGACCACUAUCAACACCUUCAACUGGGUAUUAGGGAUCUCAAACCCCAUGGACUUCUUUCCCCCCAUCAUCUGUACCAGCUCUAAACUGGAGGAAACAGAGACACCACACAAUGUCUUCACUGCCUUGCAGUCUCUGGCCAUGAAGACCAAGAGAGAUCUGUAAACAUCUGGAGUGCUUCAUCAGUAUAAUCAUAGACGCCCCCUAUGCAACAGGCAACAGGGCAAAAUUACACACAUGUUAUCCAGUAAUCAUCAACAAAUUUAGAGAAAACAAAAAGAUGAACCUGAUUUACAAGAUGCUUUACUACCAUUUAGUGACCAGAUAACACAACAGCUCACAGGAAUGCAUGUGAAAGCCAUUUUGACAUUUCACUCAUGCCUAUUUGUUGAAGCUUAUAAAUCUUGUGCUGUGGUAAUGCAUGCUUAAAGUAAAAUCUAAUGUUUUGGAGGGAAUUUUGAACACAGAGCGAAGAAAAUGAGAGUUUCCUGUAACACCUUUAGGCUCUUUGGCUUUUUUGUUUUCUGUCUGUCCAUCUCUUCAAUAAAAUCAUUUAAAAGCACUGAAUAACAUUGUACAUAUUUGGAGCUGGAGUUUAUUUGGUUUUAAAAAUAAAAUAACAUAAUAAUAUAAGACAGAAAAUGGAUAAAACAUAGAAGAGUACAAAGUACGCAUUUGCAUUUUAAUGACAAGGACAUUUUAACAGUGAUUUGUAAAUAUAUAACCCCUAAUUAGCGGUUAUGAUUAUUGCUUUGUGGGCACUACAAUUGUUUGCCAACCUCAUAUCAUGGCAAAAAGCGUAAUAGGCACGCCAGUCCACUGUGUCCAUGUCACACUUUGAAAUAAACACGCAUGCAGAAGUUGCAUUACCAGCAGGGGGCGAUAAUGUAUUUAAAGCCAAGAAGUCGUUGGUGAGCAAAGAACGUAUAAAAUCCAUUUCAGGGCCCUUAAUCGCCAGAAACGAUUAAGCUACGUGGCUAAUACGUAUUUACAUGUAAAUGUGUUAGUAAUGUCUGUUUAAAUGCUUUCAAAUUAUUAUUUUUAUUUUGGCUUGAAAUAAAAUAUCUCCCUCUGCUUUUA